UUUCUCUUCCAUUCAGCCACCAAUCUUCAUUUAUCGAUCAAAUGGUGGAAGAAACCGGAGUAAGCUCCGAUCCUAUCUUGCAGUCACUGAUGAGACUCGAGAAGGCCCGUGCAGAUGGGCACGCAGCAUUCGAGGAAGGUGAUUUCCGAGGCGCCGUGCGCCAUUACACCAAGGCAAUUGCCCUCUAUCCGGAUGACUCUUCGCUCUACUGUGACCGGUCCUCCGCUUAUGCCAACCUCAAGAAGUUUGCGAAAGCCAAGGCCGAUGCGAAGAGGGCGUACGAGCUGAGGCCUCGCUGCCCAAGGAGCCACCUCGUGCUGGGCAUCAGCAGCCUCGGCCUUGGCCGCAUGGACCAGGCCUUGAAAUACCUGAACGAGGGCCUUGUGGUUGACCCGGAUGAUGAGAAGCUGAAGGUUGCUGUCGCCAGGGUUGGCGUUGAGACCAAUAAGAUGAACAUGCUGAGUUCGAAUAGGAACCGCACCAACCAGGGUGUAGCAGCUGGGCCAUUGCCGAUCAAAACCGGAUUUGCACAGUCCGGUACUCAAAAUCUAUUUCCCUACCUGUAUUGGCAGCAGCAACCUCUGAGUGAGCUGGCACAACUCAGGGCGGGGAGAGCCCUGGUGAACCAAAACCCUCUCCAGACGCAGCCAAUCACCACUGAGGAAACCAUGAUGAGGGGUAAUGCAGCUCUCAACGAGGGCAACCCCCGUGCCGCUGUGCGCCACUACACUGAGGGAAUCUCCCUCUCCCCUGACAACGUCGACCUGUACAGCAGCCGCUCUGCAGCCUACGCAUCCCUUGGUGAAUUUGUGCUAGCCCAUGAAGACGCCACCAGGGCCCACGAGUUGAGCCCUGGUUCACCAGUGGUUUACCUUAGGCUGGGACUCGCUCACCUGAGAUUAGGUCGCACAGACCUCGCCCUAAAAGCCCUGAAGCAUGGACUCGAGAUUGACCCUAAUGACCGGUCUCUCAGGGCUGCCUGCGCCAGAGCCAAUGUCGAGGCUCUGAAGACCGUGAAAAUGUGCCGGGACAUAAUGGAGAUAGGACUCCUCUCGGACCAGGGAAAACUGCUGGUUGCUCAGGCGUUGAGUGAAUCGAAGGAGGAUCAGCCAUUAUGCCAGUCCUCCGCUGAUGCUGAGGAUCUACAUUCGGCAGAAUGGUUGCGGGAGGCAUGUAGCAGGAUCGAUAAGGUGGCAUCAGAGCUGAAGAACCAAAUUCUCCAUUUAGAGAAUGUACAUGAUGAUGCUAAAACCGCGAAAACUAAAACUGGUAACCAGAAUCUAACAGAGCAGCUGCUUAUGAAGACCUUGGUUCAUCAUUACUCGGAGAGACUGAAAACGAAUCCUGAAGAUGUUGAAGCAUAUAACAAAAGAGCGACAUUGCAUGCUCAACUUGGGGAACUCUCUGAGGCUCUCAAGGACACAGAGAAGUUUACUGAGCUAGAGCCCGAGUCCCCAAAAAUUUAUGAUCUUACUGAAGCCGCUAUCCUCUACCUCAGGAAGCAGGAGCUUAUAAGAUCUUAUUGUGAUAAAGCCAGUGGCUCGAAAAUCUGCCACCAAUAUAUCGAGCAUGUGAAGGAUGAUUGGGAUGGUUCUAAUGAACCAACCGGGGAAAAGUCACAGCCAAAGGAGGUUGAGGAUGAAGAAAUUCCCGAUCCCGAGAUGAAGAUCGAUGCCUCCAAUCUGGUGGUGGAGCAAGAUGGACAUUAUAAGCGCGCAUCAUCAGAUGAGACCAAGGAUGAAAAUGUUCCCGAUUCUGAACCGAAGAUGGAGAGUGACGUUGGUAUGAUAGUAUAUGAAGAUGCAUCCAACGGGCAACAGACCAAGGCACUGUUUUUUGUUUCAAGCAUAUGA